GUCAACACGGCGGCAUCUCUUUGGCUGGCCCGCUCGCCCCGCGCCCGUGUUUUGUGCCACUGCGGUUGGGAUCCAGCCAGAGCGAACGAAGGAGAGCUACACCGGCGGAAAAUCCGAAAGGGAACGCGCCGGCGUUGAUUCCCCCUCCGAUUUCACCCGGCGGGGAGGGGGAAGGACUUAAGUUUGCAAGGAGCCAAGAAGAAGGAAGAUCUCCUCUCCUCUCCUCCCCCCUCCUUUGCCUGCCUGCCUUCCUCCUUCUUCCUCUCCCUCCCUCCCUCCCUCCCUGCCCCCGAAGAAGCAACCGCUGGCUAACUCCCCCUCCCCAAGAUGCUGUCUCCGGUUUCCAACCUUGUGGUCCUCCUGGGGUCCCUCUUGAUCGCAGCCUGCCAAGGGAACCUGUCUCAUGAUCGGUGCCAGCCGACAACGUCAGAUGAAAUCGUGGUAGCCGGCUCCAAAGUGUUCCUCCGGUGCGAGGUGGAAGAUCCUGAUGACUCCUCUCUACAGUGGUCCAAUCCUGCUCAGCAGACACUCUACUUCGGGGAGAAGCGAGCAUUGAGAGAUCUCCGGAUCCAGCUGGAGAAGUCGACACCCAACGAGCUGACCAUCAGCAUCGACAAUGCGACUCUGGCAGAUGAGGGAGAGUACACCUGCUCCAUUUUCACCAUGCCUGUCCGGACCGCAAAGGCCAUUGUCACUGUGCUGGGAGUCCCACAGAAACCCCUGAUCUCUGGCUACACGGAUCCUCUUAAAGAAGGAGAUGUGGCCCAGCUGACGUGCGUCUCUUCGGGCAGCAAGCCGGCCGCUGAACUCCGGUGGUAUAAGGGAGGCAUACCAUUGACAGGCGAGUCUUUAGAAGCAGCAGAAGAUGAUAACGGGAAGACGUUCACGGUCACCAGCCGUAUAGAAUUUACCGUUGCGAAAGAAGACAAUGACAUGGAGGUCACCUGUACGGUCAAUCAUGCCUCCCUACAGGACUCUAGGAAAUCCACUUACCAGAAGAUAGGAGUCUUGUACAAGCCAACUGCUAAAAUCGAACCAUAUCCUGAACACCCACGUGAAGGGGAUAAUCUGGAGCUGCGCUGUGAUGGGCGAGGCAACCCAGUCCCUAAGGACUACAAGUGGGAGAAGGAGGGUGCUCAAGUGCCCCUGACAGAUGCCCAAGACAACAUCCUCGUCUUCCCUAACUUGAACAAAAGUGACAGCGGGACCUACAUCUGCUAUGCUAGGAGCAUUAUGGGGGUCUCCACAGCGAGGUACAACCUGGCUGUUAACGGGACCUCAGGGAGAAGGGCAGAUCAUCAUCAUCAUCACCAUCUUGCAGUGACAGCAUCCCUGACACAGGCUUCUGAUGCUAGUCCAGUGACCCACAGCGGGAGCACAUACCAUGCCAUCAUUGGGGGAGUGGUAGCCGUCAUUGUCUUCUUGCUCCUUAUCCUCCUCAUCAUUCUGGGACACUACCUGAUCCGACACAAAGGUACCUACCUGACCCACGAGGCCAAAGGCUCAGACGAUGCCCCAGAUGCAGACACGGCCAUCAUCAACGCCGAGGGUGGUCAAACUGGCGGGGACGACAAGAAGGAGAAGGAAUGGACGGACAGACAGAGGGACGAUGGUGGGGGAACCAAGAUCGGCGAUGGACAGAGAAGGAAACAGAGGGAAAGACGAUCAGCUUGGCUCACAACGCUUCUUUGAACUUGUAUAAAACAUUGUUACUAAACGGGGAGGGGGGGAAACAUACCCACACACCCGGACAUUGAGAACCCCUCAAAAACCCCUGUUCCUGCUUGCUUGUACCUACAUAUCUGCGGCUGCCAUUCUCGCACUAAACACACAGACCUGGAGAGUGAGUGAUGAUACCUUUCUUUCUUCCUCCCUUCCUCCCCUCCUGGCUCCUUUUGAAGCUGUUUUUUCUUCCUUUGUAAUGGCGUGCACUGGUUUUGACUCUUGUUUUCUCUCUCUUUUUUUAAAAAAAGAAAUCUCUGUUCUCGUUCCCUUCUGUUUGGAAUGUCUUGCAGGGGGAGGGCACUGUGGGGGUCGUCGCGGGGGAUUUGGAUGGUGUAUCUCUGCUUUCCGUUAGAGUCGUCCUGUUUUUUGGGUUUGGUUUGGUUUCGACUUCCGAGGAUAAGAUCAGCAUGGCAUUGAGGUGGGCUGAGAACAGAAACGUGAAAAUCAGAAGAUCUGGUUAUUCUACAGCUUAGAAGCCAAGCCACACAGGUUGGUCUCGAGUGAGGGAGUGCUGUGUUUGACGCAGCAUGUCAAAAUCUGGGGUGGAACUAUAAUCAGUAUCUGCUCCUGGAUCUACGAAGCCUCCUAAGCAAAGCCCCCUUUCUCCUGGAAGGGGGGGAGCAAUGCAAAUUGAUUUUCUCGGGUCCUCCUUUGGGAUCGUCUUCCUUUGGUAGAUUUGGGGCCAAGUGACGAACAGACUCAGAUGUGGAGACAGGUGGACGGGGAACCGGGAAAAGCUUGCUGAUUUUAUCUUUCGACGAGAUUCUGUUUUCUCCAGUUGUGUCUCUUUGUUCUGAGAGGAGAAUGUUGUUGUGUGGUAUGUGUACCAAGGAGCGCCAGCUAGCCGGUUCCAGUCCCUACCGAAACCCAUGGCAAGAAAAGAAAAGAAAAAUAUUGGUUUGGUGCCACCCUGGUGUUCUUUCAGCUUCCCAAUCAUGAGGAUGGAUGGGAGACCAGGUGCUUAUUGUAAGGGGGCCAGUCAAAGAGAGAAAACCCCAAUCGCCAAGGCUUUCUCUUGACUCGGAGCCCCCGUAUCUCUGUGCAAAAGGGUAUAUUCACUACCACCCUGUGUCUUCCUUGGGCUACGAGGCAUUCCAGGGGCGCUGCAUGGUGUGAGGACAGUUUCCAGUGCCGUUGGCCAAUGGUGAGGAAGUGUUGAAUAAGCAAGAGUUCUUGGCUGGGGUGUUUAAAAAUCCCAAAUCCCUAGCUUUUGCUGCUGCCUGGAUGACAGGGAUGAGGGGGAUGGGGAAACCCAUCAGCUGCAGAUAUUUCACCCCACACACACCCCUCAAUUAAUCCAAGCCACCAUUUACUUUUACCUGGAUUCAACAAGGCAAUCGAAAAUUGUGGUGUGUGUUUUUUCACAGGCGUGUUUGAAGGUUGUGCUCGGUGGAAACAAUUCACAUGCCGUGUUUGCCCCUGCCAUGGGAUCCCAGAGGAAUAAAUUAAUGCCUUUCCACAACUGAGAAAAUCUUUAGUGACCCUGAAUCGUGACAUUAAUGCUUUGUGAUCUUUAAAAAAAAGUCAGGUGGUUCUUCUUGCACCUUUGCCUUUUGUCAUAAAAGCCUCCCCCCUGCACUCCACAGUCAUGCAACUACUGCCCUGGUUUCUAACUUCUCUCAAAGACCUCAGUGAGGGCCAGAAACUUGAUGGCCUAUGAAAUGAAACAAAAGCAGACUGGGGAGGGCAGUUGCUCUUGCCCUGAAAAUGGUAGGCCUUUUAAGUGUUACGGUGCCUGUUUUUUUUUGGGGGGGGAGGAAGUAGCAGCUAAGUACUUAACACAAAAGUUGGGUUGAAUAGAGUGAAAUAUUUUGCCAUAGCUCUCUGAGUUUAGAUCUGUCUAUUUUGUACAAGUGUUUAGUACAAUGAACAUGCAUACCGAGAGCAUAUCUGAUUGAGGCUUCUUUUAAUUCUAGCUUUGUUGUUCUGUGAGUUAUGGUUCCCAUAGUUCACCUCAAACACCUCAAACAAAUGGGUCAUUCCGGAUUGUGAUGCAGUGUCUCGAAAAUGUUAGCGAUCCCGUUUCCCCCAUAAGUUUGGGUCCAGCAGUUGGUGAUCUUCCUUUGCAAAUAUGGGUUGGCUGUAGAAAAGUGCCUCUGACCAUAUGCAGGGAACUUUCUAAUUGUAGAGUCAUGGCAAGCCAUCUCUGGGAAAGGCAACUCUUCCAAUAAAUAUGGGCAUGGCGAAAGUGGUUUGAGAUUUAUCCAUCAAUCAAUCAAUAAAUCUUCCCCUCUUAUAAUGCUAGUACUCCUUGGGGUCACCCAGUGAUGGGCAACGUACUCAGGACAGACCGAAUCAUGAGCUUCUUUGCAUAAUAGAACUUCUGAAAUGUGCCUUUGCGAGACACAGGGUUGGCCAUGAUCUCAGAGGGCUCUAAAAGGGGAUUAGACGAAUUCAUGGAGGAUAUGAAACAAUUGGUGGGCACCAGUCAUGAUGGCUAUCUGCUGCUGCCAGGAUUUAUUUAUUUAUUAUUCAAUAUAUAUCCCACCCUUCCUCCCAGCAGGAUCGGAGGACAUGCCUCUGAAAACCAGUAGGUAGGGAACGACGACUGCAAAGGAGGGCUAUUGCACUCAUGUCCUGCUAACAGCCUUCCCAGAACUUCUGGUUGGCCACAGGGAAGAGUACCCUAGGCUAGGCAAACCACUGGCCUGACUCAACAGGGCUCUUAUUUUGUUCUACUUAGCGGCGAUAAUUAGGAAUGGAACCUCCAGGCCCAGCAGCAGUCUACCUCUAAAUACCCCAUUGCUGGGGCUCUAACAGUAGAUGACGGCUGUUGCCUUCAAGCUCUGGUGGUGGGCCGCUGUAGGAAACAGAAAUUAGAGAGAGGCCUGUGGUUUGCUUGAGUGGGGUCUUCUAAAGAUCUUACACCUCCCUGUCCUGCUUUUGGAAAGAGGAUGGCCUGGGCCAGGAGGGUUCUUAGGGUCUUGCAUGAAUGUUCCCAUGUGUUGACAGACAAAUGUGUUGGCCCAGAUCCUGCUGUGGCUGGUCAGAACUAGCUUCUUGGGCAGCUGUGAGAGUCCUCCAGCCCGCGGGCCAAUUCAAACCCGCAAGGCCCUCCUCAUUUUGCCUGCAAGUCAAAUCCAACCUGUCCUACCCCAGACCUCAGGUGUGGCACAGGUAAAGAUGGGCCUGGACCAAAAAGGGGGUGGGUGCUUGUGCUAUGGACUGUGCUUUGAAGCCCCAACAAUCGACUGAUAUCAGGACUUCAAAGCGGCCUGAUCAUCGGUGCUUGCAGAGACCUAUGUAUGGGUCUCUCAAGCCCCAACAAUCAGUUGGCCGUGCUUGCACCCACAUGGUAUAGGGAUGAGAGAGAAAUUCGAUUCAGUUGGCAUUUGCAUUAACCUGUGCUAAUUUGCAUUUUCCAAAACAAUAAGCAAACGGAAAUGCAGCUUCCCUUUGACAUAUGCACUUUCCUGGAUGUUGCAAUGCAAUGCAAAGUGGACACACCUUGGACCGCUCCUUCAAAGCUCAGAGUAAAACCCGGAGCGGAUUCACUGCCCGUUUGACUCUGGCCCAGCGGCUUCCACUGCAUUUAACCGGUGAGAGCUCCCCAGAGUUCCUUGCAGUGUUACAUAAAAGCUGUGGGGAUUUUGCAGUUGCCUCAGACAAGUGAACCACGUGAAAACCCAGAUGGAAACGUUGGCUCUUGGGCACCAUAUGCAGUUUUGGUUUAAAGCAGCAUCAUAACCCUUCAAACAGCCAUGGCUUCCCCCAAAGAAUCCUGGGAAGUGUAAUUUGUCAAGGGUGCUGAGAGUCGUUAGGAGACCCCGGUACCCCUCCCAGAACUACAGUUCCCAGAGUGGUUUAACCAUCUAUCCCUCUUCCCGGGGAACUCUGGGAAGUGUCACUCUGACUCAAGGAUGGGUGGGAAAUUUGAUUCAGUUCACAUUCCAAGCCAUUUGCACUUUCCAAAACGAUAUGAGCACAGAAACACAGCCAUCCUUAGAAAUUUGCACUUUCCGAAUUUUGCAAUGCGGUUUGCCAGCCAACAAACGUCUGCAAAAAUGCAUACGUUAGGGGAAAGGGUGCAUAAAAAUGAAUACCUGAGUGGCAAUAACAUGCAAGAAGGCACUAUAAGAUGAGAAAGUGCUUGCAAAAACGUUGGUCAAAACAGCUAAAAAAAUUGCCUUUAUUAGGAGAAAAUUGCGCUGAAAUGCUGGAGGAUUUUCAUGAGAAUUUUUUUAAAAAAAUAAUAAUAAUGAUAAUCACAGAUUGCUGCAAAAAUGUGGAGAACUAAAUUGAAGGCUGGAAAAAAGAGAAAUGCAGAGAACCGACACUGGCAGGUCUUUCCAUCCUACUCUGAGGCACAGAGGGGUCUGUUAAUGACUGUCAGCACAGUGAACAAACUACAGUUCCCAGGGUACUUUGGGGGAAUCCAUGACUGUUUUAAAGCCAUAUGAUGCUGCUUUAAAUCUAUAGGGUGCAGAUGAGGCCUUGAUCGGCUGGAUCUGAUCAAGCAGCUAACCCCUCCCCCGUUUUUGCCGAUCCCUCCGGGUGUGGUUGGACUCUUAACUCCCAUCAGUCCCCAGCCAGCGUGGCCAGAGCUGGUGGGAGCAGGAGUUCACCCACAUCCAGGGGGCCACAGGUCACCCACUCCGGGGCUAUGAGAUUUCCCCUGAUCUCUCCAUCCCCUCCCCCACUCCUGGUUGCUGAACAGUGUAUGAGCAUCCAUCCUCUCGGCAGCCUGGUCCCAGGCUAUGGUCUGAAGGCACAUGAGGCCACCACCUUGCUGAAGCUAAGCAGGUCUGGGUCUGGUGAAUGCCUGGAUGGGAGACUGCCUGGGAACCACACACAUGCCGCCUUGGGUUCCAGGGUGAAAGAAAGGUGGGGUACAAAUGUAACAAGUGAAUAAAUAAUAAAUUAAUUAUUGCAUUGAUAUCCUGCUUUUUUCAUCCAAGGAGAACCGGACAUGGUUCUCCACAACAACCCUGCAGGGUAGGGUAGGCUGAGAGUCACCCAGUGAGCUUUCAUGGCUGAGUGGGGAUUUGAACCCUGGUCUCCCAGGUCCUAGUCUAGUACUCUAACUGCUACACCACAAGAUUGGACCAAGGCCCUAUCUAGCCCUGCCUCCUGUUUUCUAUAGUGGUCAGCCACGUGGGAGCCCGCAAACUGUGAAGGCGACAGGCAUCCCCUUAUUGUUUUCCCCUCCUCCCCUGAUGUGCUCUUUAGAGACAUACUGCCUCUGAACAUGGAGGUUCUAACACAAGAUCUCACUUUCUAUUACCGCUGGGCAAUCCUGAGCUCUCAAAAUGGGGUGGAAUCUGCCUACCUGCCUAUUUAUUUGGAUUUCAGAUUGGGUUGGAGUGCCAUAUGAUCCAGGGUUUGGUGGGCCUCGGGACUGCACAGGGGAAGGAAUCAACAGUGUUUGUGUGUUUGAGAGUGGGGGGGAGAGAACAUAGUUUGUUGUUGUUGUUAUGUUCCUUCAAAUCAAUUUUGACUUAUGGUGACCCUAUGAAUCAGCGACCUCCAGUAGCAUCUGUUAUAAAUCACCCUGUUCAGAUCUUCUAAGUUCAGGUCUGUGACUUCCUUUAUGGAAUCAACCCAUCUCUUGUUUGGCCUUCCUCUUUUUCUACUCCCUUCUGUGUUUCCCAGCAUUAUUCUCUUUUCCAGUGAAUCCUGUCACGAUGUGUCCAAAGUAUGAUAACCUCAGUUUCAUCAUUUUAGCUUCUAGGGACAGUUCUGGUUGAAUUUCUUCCAACACCCAUUUAUGUGUCUUUUUUGCAGUCCAUGGUAUCUGCAAAGCUGGUAUCUGCAAAGCUCCGAGCCAGACCUCCGAUGCAUCUAGCUUAGUGCUGUCUGCAAUGCCUGCCAGCAGCUCUCCAGGGUUUAAGGUAGGCCUCUCCCAGCCCUACCUGAAGGUGCCCCUGGGGACUGAACCUGCAGGUAAAGCAGAUGUCCUAACACUGAGGUAUAGCUCUUUCUUAGAGACAGAGAGACAGAGAGGAAUUUUGUCUCUCUGUGUAUGUGAGCGAGAGAGCUCUUAUGUUGCACUAAUUAAAGGUGAUAUCUUCAGCUCAGCAGGGUUAACAACAGCUUUAAAGCCCUUGUUGUCUCUUCCAGCACGAAACAAUUACUUGUCUUUUGAAGCUUUCCCUGCCAACUUGCAUAUUAGCAUUCUCACCCCCCUUUUAACCUGACUGUUGGCGAGUAGUCACCUUCUUUGAACUGACAAGCAAGGCAUGCCUUCCCUGUUAACCCUCAAAUGCUCUUAUCUUUUCUUCUCUCCCAGAUAGCUAAGCCUCCGUGGUUUCUGUCCCCACACCGGGCAAUCCUUCAGCUGAAGCCCUGGUGCUUUGACAACCACUCACGGACCAGUUGAAAUGGGAUACGUGGAUUUGGCAUUGUUGCUCUAGCUCAUACUGGCUGGGGUUUACAGGAGUCGUAGUCCAAAACUUCCAGAGACCACCAGGUUGGCAAAGGCUCUGGGCUGGAUUUUUUAACUUCUUGUGGCCCUGAGCUACAACAUGAGUGAGGCUCUUCCCUCUUCAACAAAUAAUAAAACAUUUAAAUUAAAAAUACGAGCUGUACAAUUAAAUGGAAUUUGAUAGUUGUGUACUAUAGGUAUUAAAAUGCAAGUUAUAUAUGAGCCCAUUCUUUAUUUAGGAGUUUGUCAAACAC